AUGGAUUACGCACGUAAAAUUGGUAAGCCAAAAGGCAUAACGAAAUGGGAGCCACCGGUGCAAAGGCUAGCGUCCGUGCAUGACAACCUCAUGUUCACGAGAGAAAGAUUCUCGGAAGACGCUCGUCUAGUCAACUGGAGAAAAUGGUUAGCAAACCGAAGUAAACAAUACAAACACAUCGAGUCGUCCACCGGACGUCACCAGAAUGAUCAACUUCUGAAUUCCUGCGAGAAAAUUCGACCACUGAUCGAAACCAGGAACGUGAUGGAUUAUGCGACCGUACCUGCGCCAGUGGUUCCAGACAAGUUCAGAGGUGGGCCAGAAUUCUGGAGAACUCCGGAAGCGCUACCAAAUCGUGACCCCUGCUUGCCAGACAUCACCAUCACGCCAACCAAGAAGGACCUCAACCUGCUCCCGGAGCUAACCUACGUGGACUUGCCAGAGUUGAUAGAAAAAGAGAAGAAUCUCGUUGGUUUGAAGUCGAAGGAACCGUUAUGGGAGCGUAGCGAGUACCUCCUGAAGAGAAAAAACGAAUUAUCCAAGGAAAUUAGGUUGAUAGUACCUAAACAACCAGAAACUAGACAUCUGGUGAUCGAAGGUCACGGUCCGAGACGGAAGAAAAAAGAACCAAGAGUCCCACCUAUAACAAUUUCCGACACUGAAGAGGAUAACAACUGCGAUCAACCAGUAAGUCGAGAUCAGGCAGUCAUCCUGAGGAUUCAAGACAGAGACAUAACUUGGCAUAGAUCUGCCUUCGAAGAUGGACCAACUGAUCCCAUCACGUGGAAUUUGUCCUUCGCCUCGCAAGUAGACAGGAGACAAGAGAAGGAACUCACCCUCGAGAACAGAGGCAAUCGUGUAAUCGUUUACGAAUGGAGAGACGCUGCCUAUAGGCCUGACGCUAUACCUCUGAAAAGACGAAUAAGUUCAUUCUUCUUCAACAAGACAAAAGAGACUAUUCCUCCAGGUCAAAUCGUGAAAUUGAAAGUCUGGUACCUGCCACGCGCCCCAGGUGUCUCCAGCGAACUGUGGAGGCUGAAGACCGACCCUGAAUUGUGUCCCUCGCCAUUGAUAAUUCGACUAAGCGGCUGUGCCGAGACUAUGGACAUACAAGCUCUAGAAAACAAUCCUGUAAUGAUAGUCGACGGGUAUUUGGAUCAGUGCGUUCGAGACGCGACGAUACGAGAGACGAUAAACGAGAUUAUAGAGGACAUGCGCUGUGUGGAGCAUCCAGGGCCUUCCUAUGGAAGCCUGUUUCUGGAAUCGGAGGUAUUCGCGAUCAAGAACCCCGUGUGCUACUAUCACCCAAGUCUCGUGGCCGAGUUUCACAAGAUUCACCAAAACGCGACCAAUCAGAGCGAGCAGCGUUGGAACUUAUGCUUGGAGGAUCUUAGAGAGACGUUGUUGAGGAUCAAGGAACCAGAACGCAGGCACGCCACGCUGACGCGAUUCAGCGAUAUUUAUAAAGAGUGCUUGAAGCCUGCUCUGCUCGCCUCUGUCGAAUACGGCAAGCACGAAACUGUGCACAAUUUGCUGUGUUCUUUUCUGAAUCGUUUCGAAGUCGAGAGCGAGUACGCGUGGAGAGCCUGCUUCGAGAAGGAUGUUAAUGAAACUGUUGUCGCCGUGUCGGAAACGAGCAUGAGGGCGAUAAACGGGUCCCAAGGGUUCGCGAGGAACGGCAAUUCGCGUGUCAAUCGUGAGAGAAGAUCAAACUCUCCCACGGAGAGCGUUCGAAUUCAUGAUAAUAUUCGGAACUCUGGAGUGGUUGACGAUGGACCGUACGGGGAGAUAUUUUUUAUUCGAAUUCACGAGCUUUUGAGAGUGAUCGUCGAACGAGUAUGCGCGGCUAUCGAUUCAUUUAACAAUUUAAACGAACGUGACAAAUGA